GAGAAGGGGGGUCGGGGUCCUCAGCGCGCGAGGAGGAGAGAAUGAAUGUCAGUCAAUGAGCGAACCUGGCGCUGAGCGGCAGCACUGCACCUCCAACACUGUUUCCACCUCUGAGCAAAUCUCUGCCUAUCGUCUCUACUUUGCUACUGAACGCAGACUCGAUCUCGUCGGUACAUGUAACUGAUACAACUCUCAACGCACGACACGACCCGGGAAACUCUGUCUGACGCGCGGCGACCGUCUCACGUUCUUUCCUCGAGGUGCGACUCUACUUUGCUUCUCAUGCUUCGCGGUGAUCUUCGCUCGCUUGUUUCGAAAAGUUUCAGUUGUGGGGAUAAAAGCACAGCUAAACCUUCCAAGGGAUUUUUUUAAACAACGUGGAGGACCAUCGAGGAUGAGCCGCCAGUGAGAGCGACCCCCGAUUCUGCCAGAGUGUCGACAGCGCAAAAGUUUGCACCAUUCUGCCCAUACCGUUUACCCCGUCUCUCUUCUCUCCACCCCUCCCCCACAUCCCUCUGCUCUCGCCCCUAACCCCCCCUCCGCCCAACCUCAGCCCAGUCUCAAAAAUGGACUUGCACCGGGCAGCUUUCAAAAUGGAGAGCUCCUCCUACCUGCCCAACCCGUUAGCAUCCCCGGCGCUAAUGGUGCUAGCAUCAACGGCGGAGGCCAGCCGCGAUGCCUCCAUUUCCUGCCAGCAGCCUCGCCCGUUCGGCGUGCCGGUUUCUGUGGAGAAGGAUGUUCACCUUCCCUUCAACAACGGUUCCUACACGUUCGCCUCCAUGUACCACCGGCAGGGCGCCGUACCACCAGGCUUCCCCAAUAGGGACUUCCCUCCUUCCCUCCUACACCUCCAUCAUCAGUUUGCCCCUCCAAAUUUGGACUGCUCACCCAUAAGCAUGCUCAACCACAGUGGCAUUGGGGCCUUCCGGCCAUUCGCUUCUCCUCUGGAGGACCGUGAUGGAGCGGGAGGUGGAUACCAGUCCGCCUUUACCCCAGCCAAGCGGCUAAAGGGCUGCCUGGAGGCCGAGGCCUCCCCACACCUGCGCUACUCGGACGCAGAAGGGAAAGAGUAUGACUUUGGUGGUGCUCAGAUCCCCUCCAGCUCGCCUAGUGCUCUCAAAGCCGUGGAAGAUGUGGGGAAGAAGAUCUUCGCAGUGUCAGGCCUGCUGUCGGACCGAGAAACCUCGUCCAGUCCGGAGGAUCGCAUUGAGCGCUGUAAGAAGAAGGUGUCACUCUAUGACAGUCAGGCUCCCAUCUGCCCCAUCUGUCAGGUGCUGCUGCGUCCAGGGGAACUUCAGGAGCACAUGGAACAGGAGAUGGAGAGGCUCACCCACAUGCACAUCAGCAAGAACCCAUUACACAAAGACAUCAGUGCAGCUCCAGGCACACCGAAGUCUCUCCUGUUGUCAGUGCACAUCAAACGUGAGGGCGAGUCUCCAGUUGUGUCCCCACUCUCCUCUGAUGAAGCUCACCAUUCUGACAGAUACCAGACAUUUUUACGAGUUCGAGCUAACAGGCAAACACGAUUGAAUGUCGAUGACCUCUGCUGGUGCAGGCGCAACACCAAGGAAAGUUUCAAAAGUCCCCCAAUCCCAGUGCCCAGAGGAGUGCCCCUAGCCCCUUGCUGCCUGCGGCAUGCCCGGAUUGGGAAGAUGAAGCGCCGGAAGCCUGAGGAUGGACAGGUAUGUCCACUGUGCAGUGCCCCGCUGACAGGGACGGAGGAGGAAAUGAGUAGGCAUGUGGAACAAUGUCUGUUCAAGAGGGAAGGUGGAACAGAAGAGGAUUCCGCCGAUGUCGAAGGAGAGAACGGAACGCGGUUUGAGGAGUACGAGUGGUGCGGACAGAAGAGGGUACGAGCUACUACAUUACUGGAAGGUGGUUUCAGAGGAACAGGCUUUGCCAUAUGUAGCACGAAGGAGAGCCAUGACAGUGAUGCAGACCUGGAUGUGGAUGGAGAUGACACACUGGAGUACGGCAAAGCCCAGUACACUGAAGCAGACAUCAUUCCUUGUUCUGGAGAGGACCAGGGAGAGGCCAAAGAACGUGAGGCACUGCGUGGGGCCGUUUUGAAUGGUGGUGUACCGUCCAAUAGAAUAACACCAGAGUUCUCAAAAUGGGCCAGUGAUGAAAUGCCAUCCACCAGUAAUGGCGAGAGCAGCAAACAGGAGCCGAGCUCUUCAUCUUCGUCCUCCACACCGAGGACCUGUAAAAACAGUGAGAUCGAGAAGAUAACAGAGGACUCCACAGCGACCACACUGGAGGCACUAAAGGCCCGCAUACGAGAGCUGGAAAAGCAGAUCCUCAGAGGAGACCGAUACAAGUGUCUCAUAUGCAUGCGGAAGCCGACCCAAACAGGGGCUGAUGGCAAGAAUCAGGCAGUCGAGAGGCACGGGAGCACAGAGGCCCUGCAGCUUGGCGUGUACUGUUUGUACAGAGGCUACGUAACGGGCUGCAGCACUGCCACUGCGGGCAGCAGUGGGAUUAGGAAGCUGCUGCCGCUUCGGAGGGACUCAUAUACAAUGCCACUCACCUCCAUCCAGUGUUGGCACGUGCACUGUGAAGAAUGCUGGCUAAGGACUCUGGGAAACAAGAAACUCUGCCCACAAUGCAACACCAUCACGUCGCCAGGGGACCUCAGGCGUGUCUAUUUGUGAGCAGAACAGCCCGGAUUUUUUUUUUGUUUUUGUUUGACUUUUCGUUUCCAUUUUUGCUAGUGUUUUUGGUUUCCCCACUGCCUGAGGGAGUGAAGUGUCAUCCUGACCAUGAGAGGCUCGAGUACAGACUCACAAUGACUUUAAAUGGGGACUGACUUCACAAGCAUUGGACUAAUGAAGACUGUAGACUAUAAUGGCUUAUGUGAAGAGUCUUCCCGCCUCCCUCUUGUGUUGGUCCAUGGUCCACCCUCUCCAAAGUCAGCUUGGUUCCUUAAUGAGGAACCUGUUCUUCUCAGAUGAAGGAAAGAGUACUCAUUCUGUCCCUCCACCCGCGCUUCUGCUGCUCUUCGUCUCCCACUGUCGCAACUUCUUCACCAAGACCACUGACGUCAACCCGACUGGAACAUCAGCCUGACGAUAAGAAGAGACUUUAAAUGGACCACCCGAGGCUCUCCAGAACCCCUCGAUCUUGAUUCUUCAUUGUGUUCUUAUUCGCCCCAAAUCAUUACUUCUUUUGUGGUGUUCUAGUGAUGUCAACCAAAUUCAAUGAAUCAGUGCAAGCACAUGUAUAAUAGUCUCUGUAUGUUUACAGUGUUGUGAGUAAAUGACAUAGAGAACAAAACACACUUGUAUACACACGCGCACACAUGGACAUACACAUGCACAUACAGAAGUAUAUAUUGAAUAAAAGUCCCGAUUUAGUUGGGUGUGGUUUGGGUCGGGAGGGAGGGGAUAUGUUUAAAUCUUGGUGAAUUUAAAAAAAAAAAAAAAACAGAAAAGAAAACCCUCUGUAUUUUCAAAGCAGAUGUUGUCUUGAAGUUGAAGUAUUUCAUUGUACAGGAAGAAAUUUAAGUAAUAAUAAUAAUAAACUACUCGAACUAGGAAUUAAAAGAUUUAGGUGUACAUUUUUCAUUGAAAUAUGCAGUAAAAACUAGAUUUAAUCCUGAAACAAGGGAAAGUAUCUUUCUUUUUCUUUGCUUUUUUUCUAAGAAAUGGAAAUAUUUGCUUUUAUUCACCCACGUUUUUGACUUUAAUGCUGAAUGCUGUCUGUCUGUUACAAACAAUUGAAAUUAUUGCUUAUUCAUUCCAUUGAACAUACAGUAUUAAGACCCCUGACCAGUUGCAUAUCAGUUUCUUCCCUCAGAAAAGGGACUUUUCUGAAAACAUCAAACACUUAGGGUGGUUUCAUUUAUAAGUUACGUUCCGAUUUCCUCUGAGACUUCUUUGGUUUUUCCUCGAAGAAUGAACUGGAAGAGUCAAGACUCGUUUCCCUGACUGGCCGACUGACUGACUGCUCACGUUUUUCCCUAGGAUUGAGACAGUGUGCUUUAUAUUUGUACAUCUAUGUAUUCUGUGAUUUCUGUAUUGAUGUAGGCGCAAAAAAAGGAAGAAAUUAAAGGUGAUUGCUGAUCCCAACGCCACAAUAAACAGUCAAAUGUUGCAUUUGUUAUAA